AUGGCGAUCCCAAGAAAUCACCCUGCUUCAGGACAAGCACCCAAACCAAUGCCUGUCUUGCCUCACGAGAUCAUUGAGAUGAUUUUCCAGUCUCUCGAGACCUUAGUCUCACUCGAAGAGUCCAUCGAUACAGCUCGACCAGAAUGGCAUGUGUCUGGAAGUGUGCAAAGAUCAUUUCAAGUCAAUCAAGUCAGACUUCUAGAGAUUCUUAACCGUCAUUGGACCCUAAUUUCUCUCGUAUCACAAUUUUGGCAUAAAGCUGUCAGCGAUAGACGUCAAAAUUUUCCAACUACCAUCAAAUCCUCUUCUACUCAAUUGCCGCUCAUCCGGCUAGCCCAUCCAAUACUCAAGAUCACAAAUCUAUCAGCUCAGAUAAAUGGGGAUCAAGUAUUCUCGACCAUUUGUAGUCUCAAUGCUUGUCAUCCGCUAGAAUCUAUUACUCUUUAUCAAGACGGGCAAGAAUUGGAGCCUUCUGAGCAAUCUUGGGAUUCUCUCUCCCAGGUUAAGUACUUGAGGGAACUCAUAAUCCAUCAGCCUUUGUCGAUACCCUUUUCAUCAGUUUUCAAGGUCUUGGAGUCUUGCCUGAAUCUUCAAGUGCUUAAGAUUUACUCAUUUGGAGAUUUAGCGUCGCCGCAGUCGUCUAUCCCGCCGAUCGGCAAUCAUCAGGAGGUGGAUGAAGAUAAGAUGCGUAAAACACUCAAGCAUCUCACAUGUCACUUCUCUUUACCCUGGCAUCCGAGCCAAUCGUGCAACUCCCUCGUUAGUCUACUUCGUAAGGGAAUUUCUUCUCUGAAUAUCUUAACCUUAGUCUUCGACAACAGACACUCGGACCUUAAUGAAGAGGACAACCUUGAAGAUGAAGAGGAGCAAGUAGCUGGGAUUCAAGCUUUCAGAGCUGAAGGAUUACUGGAGGUUUUUAGAAACUGUCGAAAUCUCCAAACUCUCCGACUUGCUGCUCCCGCCGAAAUCUCCAAUUUACCGCUCGUCGACCCGAUCAUCAAUAAUCUCCAAGCUUUAGAACAUUUGCAUCUCAAAGGAAAUGUGUUUAGCCCGCUAUUAUUUACGAUGAAUGCGUUGCCUAAGACACUCAAGACGAUCGAUUGCCAAGCGUACUCGAGUCCGAUCUUACCCUUGCUGAGGGCGCUUCGAAAUUCUCUGCGCCAUCUAACAAAUCUUGAAUCUCUAACCAUCACCACCUACCGACGCAAGCCAAGAAACUUUGCAGAAGCGCUCUAUGGGCAAUUGGACCUUCCUCUCCCCACAGAAGAAGUUACAAGGGACGAACCUUUAUCUUGGGACCUUGAUCCAACCGAAACCCUAGCGGAACAAAAUUUAUUGACUCAAGAAUGUCAACUUCGAUCGAUUAAAAUUGAUGGGCCAAGAGCUUAUGCUCCUCCCAGUCACCAAAACUAG